AUGGAUGCAGUUGAAGGACUUGGGGGAACUAGCGGGCCUUCCAUAUGGACUUCAACAAUGUCCGCUUUCAUGCUCACUCACCUCUGUAAUUUGGUGGCUACUGGCUUGAAGACAUCGAAGGGCUUUAAGAAGGUCCAUCUCAAUGCUUGUGCUAGGGCUAUCAAUGAGAAGUUCAACACUAUGCGCACGGGUGAGCAAGUCAAGAACCAUUUGAAAACAUGGCAGAAAAGGUUUGCAAAGAUAACUAGACUUAAGAAGUUGAGUGCUGCACUAUUUGAUGAAGAUAAUUGCAUGAUUACUCUUGAUGCUGAGCACUACAAUAACCAUAUUCAGGAUCAUAAGGCUGAUGCUAAGUUUUUUAACAAGCCCCUCCUGCACUAUAGAGAGAUGGAAACAAUAUUUGGAAAUAGCAUGGCCACAGGAAACUUUGCAAAGGACUCAAGUGCACCUCUAGGAAGAGACGAUAAUGAUGCUGACAGCCAAGAGGCGGAGGAUACUGGAUAUGAUGCAAGUGAAGGUACUACUCAAGGGGCAACAUCUACUGCUAGCAGACCCAGCAAGAGGGCAAAGUUAGCUGAAAUCGAAGAGGAGGAGCUGAUUGGUGCUGUCAAAGGUGUAGGUAAAGACCUUGCAAAUGCUAUACAAAUGGUUGUUCAUCCGGAUGACCUGCCACCAGACCUAUUUCCAAUGUUGCAGAGCAUGCCUGGUUUCAAUUCAGCCCACAUAUCUUAUUACUUCCAUUAUUUGGUUGCGAACCCUAGCAUUGGUAGAGCUUUCUACGCCCUGCCAUGGGAGAACAAGUUAGAUUGGGUUUCAAUGUACAUCGCUGAGAAGUUUCCUGGACAAUAAUGGCGAUUUGGAUGAGACACAUGUUUCUUUUGUUGGGCUUUGUACCCUAUGAUGUGUAAGCCUUGACCUUAUAUCUUGUAAGGCUUGAACUUGACGUAUUGUCUUGAACUUUAUAUACUUAAGUAAG